AGCUGAGCACACUUUUCUCACGUGGGUCGUAUAUAACUGUGGACAUUGUUGUGAAACAACGACAUUCAAAGCCAUCGUCUGACCAUGACCGGCCUACGUCUCCUGGUGGUGCUGGUGUUUGUGCUGCCCUCUCACGGCGACUUCCCCUUCAGGAACACGAGUCUGUCCUGGGACGAGCGUGUGGACGACCUGGUGGGCCGCCUCUCCAUCGAGGAGAUCAUGUACCAGAUGACCAAAGGAGGCACUAGCCCAGGCAAUGGCCCCACUCCGCCCAUCCCCAGACUUGGUAUAGGGCCCUAUUCCUGGAACACGGAGUGUCUGAGGGGAGACGUGGAGGCGGGGAACGCUACCUCCUUUCCCCAGUCUCUGGGUCUGGCGGCCGCCUGGGACCCCGAUGUUGUGUACAAAGUGGCAGAAGCGACGAGCGAAGAGGUUCGAGGAAAGUUUAAUGAUUUCGUAAAGAACAAACAGUACGGCACCCACAAAGGAAUCAGCUGCUUCAGCCCCGUCAUCAACAUCAUGCGCGACCCCAGGUGGGGCAGGAACGAGGAAACCUACGGAGAGGACCCCCACCUGACUGGUCAGUACGCCGCCCACUUCGUGUGGGGACUGCAGGGGAACCACCCCCGCUAUGUCCGAGCUAACGCCGGGUGUAAACACUUCGAUGCGUACGCCGGCCCGGAGAGCAUACCCGUCAGCAGAAUGUCUUUCAAUGCCGUUGUUUCAGAGCGAGACUGGCGAACCACAUUCCUGCCCGCAUUUAGAACAUGCGUCAAGGCGGGGACCUACAACAUCAUGUGUAGCUACAACAGCAUCAAUGGUGUACCAGCGUGUGCCAACAAGCGGCUGCUGACGGACAUCCUUAGAGACGAGUGGGGUUUUCAGGGCUACGUCGUCAGCGACCAGGGUGCAAUAGAAAACAUCAUCGGCUCCCACCACUACUUAAACAACAGCGUAGAUACUGUAGCAGCCUGCGUCAAUGCUGGAUGUAACCUCGAACUUGCAGGCAAAGCGGAGGCCGUGUAUCUGUCUAUGUUGGAUGCCGUUAAGCAGGGGAAGCUGACCGAGGACCUAAUGAGGGAACGAGUUAAGAAGCUGUUCUACACCAGGAUGAGACUGGGAGAGUUCGAUCCCCCCUCCAUGAACCCGUACUCCACAUAUGACCUCUCGUAUGUAGAGUCCGCGGCUCACAGGGAACUCGCUGUAUGGGCUGCCACAAGAACAUUUGUCCUCCUGAAGAAUGAUGGCGGGUUUCUUCCACUCAAGCAGAAAAUCGACACUAUUGGAGUUGUGGGCGUCAUGACGUUUGAAGGCAACAACACCGUCGGCAACUACGCCCCCAACACCGACCCUCGGUUCAUGUCGCGGACAAUCGACGGUCUGAGAACGCUUGGGAACGUGGUUCAGGCUGCAUCUGGCUGUAACGACAGCAUGUGCGAGAAAUACGAUGCCGCCGCUAUCAAAAAGGCAGUUACCGGUGUCGACGUGUUGUUCAUCACGUUAGGAACAGGAGCCAGUAUCGAGAAAGAAGGACACGACAAACCGGACAUUGAGCUGCCAGCCGGACAAGUGCAGCUCCUAAAAGAUGCCGUCCAGUACAGUGGGAAUGUCCCGAUAGUUCUACUGCUAUUUAACGCUGGUCCUCUCAAUAUGACCUUUGCUGUCGGGAACCCUCGCAUCGUGUCCAUCAUGGAGGUGUUCUACCCUGCCCAGGCCACGGGGGAGGCGCUCAGGAGGGUCCUCACCAACGAUGGGGGAAACAAUGUCCCCGCCGGAAGACUUCCCUACACAUGGCCCAGGUCUCUGGAUGGGUUCCCCGAGAUGGUGAACUACUCCAUGGACGGCCGCACCUACCGCUACUUCAACACAGAAGUACUCUACCCCUUCGGAUAUGGCCUUUCAUACUCCACGUUCUUCUACAAGGAAGUGACGUAUCCGGGAUUGGUGAAGGCAGGACAGAGCGCCAAUGUAACCACAGUGGUCGUCAACAACGGGCCUUAUGCCGCUGACGAGGUAGUGCAGCUGUACGUGCGAUGGGAGAGCCCGUCCGUCCCCACCCCCAAGAUUCAGUUGGUGGACUUCAAGAGAGUGUCCUUAGCGGUCAAACAGGAGCUGGCCGUCAACCUGACCAUAACAGCCCAGAACAUGGCGAUCUGGGACGACAACAACGGCUGGAUAGUCGAGGACGGUUACCUAGAGAUGUUUGUCGGUGGCCAGCAGCCCAACCAGCUAUCAACCGAUGGUAGCUAGUGGCUUCCGACCCAGAAUUCUAUAGUGUGCAUUAGGCAUUCCGUCGAGGGACACAGGGAAACCCCGGAUAGUUCUAACUACCUACCAACGGAGUACAUGCAAAGACAACCGGCUACAUGUUAGAACCGACAAGACCCGUGAACAAGCGUAGCCCCAGACAUGCAUGGUAUGUCAACUUGACCUUCUUGUCGGCGGUAAGUUGAAACUUGCUCAUUUUCAAACGUAUGCCAAAAACUAAUAAUUGUUUCAUGAUGUAUGUGAAAUACCCAUAAUAUAAUCAUGUGUUUACUUGAAAACACAUUUGUUUGUAUUUUAUAACUUUAAUGGCCUACAUAAAUCGGACCUUAAACAGAGGUGUGUCAGCGAUUUAGAGUUAUGUGCCCUUGAUGUUAGGAAAACAGCUGACGACAAGGCGACAGAUAGGUUUUACACACUUUGGGAAAACACCGCUUAACAUCUUCAAACUUUCUUCAAUUCUCCAGUAAAAGUAUUCAUACAGCUUUCAUUCCAUCAUGAUUGACGAAUGUCAAAAUACAAUUGAUAAAGAAAUAUUUAUUUUCAGGAUUUUCAUAUUUCUGUUUAGGUUUAUGUUGAGUUCAAUGUCAUGAUAUUUCUCAUGGGAGAUAAUGUCAUUAUAUGCUUUUGUUGUUUGGUAGCAAUGAAUAAAUUGUAAAACGUUCAAAAGAUGCAUUAUUUCUACAUAUUAACAAGACUUUCAUCAUAUCAAUUAAUUUUGUAGUCCCUUCGUUUUUAAUUGACAAGGAGAACAAGAAUGACAAGGUAUUCCAAAUCGAUAUCAUAGCCUGUAACAUAUUUAUGCCAUUUAUUUCUGGGGAAUGCCCAUCAAUUACCGCAGAGAUAAGAAAAGUCAUAUCAAUGUAGCAUUUGAGUUGCGUCAGAGACGAUAUUCAGUGAGGGGUAAAAUAUGUUUUUACUAAUUUCAAUGUAUUCCUAUUUAACAGGAUUGAUCAAGACCCUUCGUGAAGAGGAACUCGGUUGUACAGCACCAACGUCAUAAGAGACUUAUCUUAUAUACAAUCUGAUAUAUAUGAGGUCGCAAUUGUAAAUUUGCGUUUAGCCCAGUCAUUGGAAUAAAAGUUUGUAAAUUCACACUCCUUGUCCAGUGCUUGUGAACUUGAUACAGGACAGAACCUGCUCCUUUUUAUAAGUCCUUCGUGUGUACUUCCCGAGCAGCAAACAGUCCUCAUGAGGAGAUUGUUCUUAUAGUCACUGCAACUAUGUAUAUUGCAUGCUGUAUAUAAAAUGGAUACUCGUACUUGUCUGUAUACAAAAUAUAUAUCUGAAUUCCAAAGUCAUUGCCAUUAAAAACAGUUUUAUACG